CUGAAUAAAAUAAUACAAUUAGUAAAUUUUUGCCUUUCACAAGUAUGGCAAACAUCUCGCAACUUCAGUUCCGGCCUGAAUAAGUAAUGAUGGGAAUAUAAAUGUCUGCUGUAGGUGUUGACUGGCUUCAAGUAGCAAAGUCCAGCUCAAUGUUUGCUCAAGUAUUUUUUGGCUCUCUGUAUGUGCAGACCUGUGAAAAAAAGUUCCUGGAAAUAUUGUUUUUCAUUCGCAAGGUGGCGUUUUAAUGGCGACCAGUAACGCUUGUAUUGUCGACUUGUAGAGUAAAGGCGCUUGUUUACGAGACUAUUCAAGACUAUCUGACAGAAUAUUUCUUAGAAUUCGUUAAACGUUGCACAUUUUGUUGAGCGCUGAAAUGUUUUAUACAGCAAUAUUUUACAAAUCACCAGCGCGCGCUGCACGGUGACAUUAUCGUUACCGGACGAAGUUGUCUGUCACCGCGCCUCCCAGUAUCUGUAACAGGGAGGUGGCCGUCAACGCCUCGGAUUUGCUUUAUAAAUAUGUCUAAAAACGGCCGAAGGUCCAAAGCUUUACACGCGAAUCACGGGAGCGCGCUGACCGGUUGUGAUCCGAUGAGAGCGGUGCGGGUGCGUGUGCUGUUGAUGUGCCUCUGCGGUGUGGUGUCGCUGGCCAUGAUUCUGGGACUCUACCCGUCAGAGCCCAGCAGCGCCCAUCAGCAUCAUACUGCACAUCUUAUCAGGGACAGGCUUUCCCAUAAGCCAAGAAAGUACACUGUGGCACAAGUGAAGACGUUUUCAGCUCAGGUGGAUGGACAUCGGCUUUGGGAGACUCACCUGCGGCCCUUGCUGAUCGAACGAGUGCCUGGGACUGCAGGCAGUCAGAAGAUAAAGCAGCAUAUCUUGUCUCAGCUGGGUUCCCUUUCUGCUGGAUGGACAGUGGAGGAGGAUUCCUUUGUUUCACCCACCCCGAAGGGUGAUGUCACCUUUACCAAUGUUCUGGCAGUUCUGGAUCCCUCAGCUCCUCGUAGACUGCUCCUAGCAUGCCACCAUGACUCUAAAAUAUUACCCCUAGAUUCUAAAAACCGUGAGCGGGUGUUUGUGGGUGCCAGUGAUUCAGCGGUACCCUGUGCCAUGAUCUUGGAGCUGGCCGCUGCUCUGGACUCACAACUGAAAACCCUCAAACAGCAGAGGUCUUUAGUGACUUUGCAGCUGGUGUUUUUCGAUGGAGAGGAGGCAUUUGAGGAAUGGUCAGAGACAGACUCUCUCUACGGUUCUCGUCACCUGGCCGAACUCAUGGCUCGCACACCCCACCCUCCUGGAUCCACUACAGUGACACUUCUCCAGGCUGUGGAUCUGUUUGUCCUAUUGGAUUUACUUGGUGGCCCAGAGCCAGUGAUUGUCAAUCACUUUGAUAACACAGCUAGAUGGUUUGAACGACUGAUAGAUGCAGAGAAGAGACUCCACAAACAGGGAUUGUUGACAUCUCACCCAACAGAACAAAUUUACUUCAGGAAAACCUUUUUUCCUGCUCCAGUACAGGAUGACCAUAUUCCAUUUUUAAACAGGGGUGUGCCUGUGCUGCAUUUGAUCCCCACACCAUUUCCUCAGUUCUGGCAUACACUGGAUGACACAGAAGAAAGGAUGGACAGGCCCACGGUGGAAAAUCUUACUAGAAUCCUGGCCAUCUUUGUGUCCGAGUACCUGAGCCUCUAAGCUGAGUACCUGAGCCUCUGUAAUAUGGUAGUUGAUAAUAAUAAUUGAGCCAUAGAUCAGAAUGUCCAAAGACACAUAUAACACAAAUUAACAGUGUGUGUUGAUUUUGAGUGUGAACGGCACAUCCUGAAGAUAUACUUUAUCUAUAUAUUGAUUUAUUUUUCUGCUGAGCCAUAAACAGGGCAAAAAUGUAUGUUGUGGCAACUAUGAAUAAUGCCUAAUGAUGAUGGAAUACUUAGAGGAUAUGGUUUUAGUCAGUAAAUUAAAAAUGCCCAUCAUCCAUACAGUAAUAACUUGUUCAUUUGACUUUAAACUUAAAGUGGAACCCAGAGUUAAGUUCCAGUUUAAAGAAUCCUUAUGAAGUUAUGAAUUAAAGUGACUAUUUUAAAUACUGUAUUAUGGCAUAGUAACCUGUUGCAGAAUUCAAAGAAUGAUCGUCAUUGUUCUGGAACACUAAAUGUGUUUGGGAAAGCAGCAGAGGUGCACUAUAAAACAUAGUCAGUACAUAAAGAAAUUGUUUUACACAAAGAAUUGUUUUAAGUGUCAAAUAUCAAAGUAGCAUUUCAUGUGACAUAAGAGGUAGAGAUAGCUAAUAUUUUCACAUUCAUUAGUCAUUCAGCCAUCACCAUUAUGAACUGAAAGACCAAGUGAAGGGUCUGGUACAUUUUUCAUAAUAAACUGGUCUCUUUGUCAUACAGAACACAGUGAGAUUUUUCCUGCAUUAUGUUAGAGCAAGUUAAAUGGAACGGUACAAUACAACAUAUGUAUUUUAAUGUUUUCAAAAAUAAGGAUAUUUGCAAAGAGAAGAUGUCAUUUUAUUUGUUGUAGCAGUUAAUCAAGAGACACAGGGUUCCUACAGUAAUAGGAAACCUGGAAAUUCAUAGAAAUUUCAAAUUAUUUCAAGUGAAGUAAUUGUAGUUGUAUGCUUGGCUUUAACAUGUUUCACCACUUAAAAGCAUUUUGUGAAUGUGAUGUACAACUCCAAUUCCUAGUUGGGACAGUAUGGAAAAUGCCAUUAAAAACCUACUUGUGUCUUCAGUGCCCAAACGCUUGAUAAGUGUUAUGAGAAGAAAUGGUGAUGUAACACAGUGAUAAACACUUGACUGUCCCAAAUUUUUUUGUAGCAUGUUGUAAUCAUCUGAUUUAAUAUAGUGUAUAUUUCAUAGAAAAAUAAUUAAAUGAUGUGUUUGCACUGGGAGAAAUGAAUUUACAAAUCACUACUUUUUGUUUUUAUUAUUAUAUUCAAUACUGUUCCUACUUUUUUGGGAUUGGGGUUGUAUCUAAAAUAUUUUUUUUAAUUCUUAUCCAGUAAACAAUAAGGACUGGAAAAGACAAGUCAUCAAAAUUCUUUGGUCAAAAGGAGUGGGAACCCUGGAGACAACUCAUGGGCAUUUUUUAUUUAAAUUUAAUCUUGAACCCAUUAGGUUCUAUGUACUUGAAAUUAUUCUGUUUGUUAAAUGUUUCCCUGAAACACAGUAUGUCCUGGAAAAGUAACUUUGUUUUUUCUCAGUGUACCAUCAGUGGUAGUAGAGUAGUAAACUUUACUAGUUUAAAAAUAAAACAAAAAAAACAUCCAAUUUCUUCUGGCAUUUGCUGACAAUUUCUGAACUUUCUGAAAAACUUGUAUAUUUCUGAAGGUGCUGUAUCAAUUCCAGCUGUUUGCUCAUUUCCACUAAACUUUGCCAAUUAGACCAUCCGCAUCCCUUCAACCACAUGACCUCCAAAUACAUGUCAGUCAGCUCAAUGCCAGCAAACCUGAAUGUGUGAGAGACUGAGAGUGUUCUUUGAUCGGUUAAAAAAAUGUAGGCUGCUUCCCUAACUUUUUUUUUUUUUUUUGCCGUUCAAUAGAGUCUAGUGCUUUCAUAGAGACAGGUGUGGUUUCUAAGGACACCUAUUUCAACCUUCAGAUAGCAAAAAUGUCCUUUGACAUGCAGUCCAUUUCAUUAAUCCUAGUAGUGUGGUGGUCCCAUGUGGCGGAGAGGAGGCGGGUGGGCAGAGAAUUGUUGGGAACAGGAAAACAGGAGAAAGUUCAUCAUCAGAGCUCAGAAACGCUCCUGUUGAAAUACAGGAAGAGCUUGGAUAUAAAACCUGAUGUUAGGAGAUGCUGAUGAGAGACAGCAAUAGACAAUAUAGGCUAAGUUAUAUAACCUUUUGAGAAUGAUAUGUUAUGUGUUUUGCUCAUAAAUGUACACACUGCUUGCAGAUAAAACCUGAAUUUACACAAAUUAUAAGUUUACAAUCUG